UUUUCAUGAAGUUUCUCUAAUUUUUUUCAGCUCAAUGCAAUGGCAAACCGAGCAGCAGGCAAGGGAUAUGAAAAUGAAGACAACUACUCCAACAUCAAGUUUCAAUUCAUAGGCAUUGAGAACAUCCAUGUCAUGAGAAACAGCCUGCAGAAAAUGCUUGAAGUUUGUGAAAUGAAAUCGCCUUCAAUGAGUGACUUCCUGUGGGGCCUUGAAAAUUCCGGCUGGCUGAAGCAUAUCAAAGCCAUUAUGGAUGCCGGCAUCUUUAUUGCAAAGGCUGUGGCUGAGGAAGGUGUAAGUGUGCUUGUUCACUGCUCUGAUGGCUGGGAUAGAACAGCCCAGGUUUGCUCUGUAGCAAGCCUUUUCUUGGAUCCGCAUUACAGAACUAUGAAGGGAUUCAUGGUAAGCAGGUUCUCUUUCAGAGAGUAUCAUUUUAGAGAAUUAAGAUGAAUGACUUUGUUUCUAAUGGAAAAUAAAUUUCCUUAAGUAUGCCUUUUGAGCUGGGUACACAUCUAUUUUUUUUCUCCUUAACCUUGAUCAAAAAACUUUCUUGAA